AUGGAUACAAAACCAAACCCAAAGGAUUCUAUGAAGAGUACUUGGAGGAACGAUAAGUCGCAAUGGGGUUUUUGGCACUACCUUUAUGAGUGGUUCUCGAUCAUGCCAACAAUACCUGGUCGAGAAACGCCAGUGCAUUCGAAGGAUGACCCAAUUCCUUGGAUGUCCGACUGGCAAUUACAGAAAUGGGUUAUAUCCCACGCAAUCCUACCGCUCGCGCUACAGCAGCUUAUAGUAUAUACGACCGGUUACAAUUUCGGACGUCUCGCAGCCUUCUUCUACUACAGCAUUUGGUUUAAGGCGAUUGCUAUCCAUGAACUGGUCUUGAUACGGCAUUUGGGGCAUAUCUAUGGCUUUUUCGAUGGUGAUAGCCAUGCAAGAGAUGAGGUGCCGGAUUGGUCAGUUGGCAAGGUCAUUCGAUCACUCAUUGCUACUUCAAGCGGCCGUCCCAUGAUGGCUGUCAUGAUUAGCUACAGCAAAGCCAAGGCACCGUCAUCGAUCGAUUGGUUCUGGUUGCCUAUUGAAAUCGGCUUGUACGGUAUCAUCCUGGAUUUCUGGUUUUACUGGUAUCAUAGACUCAUGCAUGACGUUGACUGGUUGUGGCGAUAUCAUCGAACACAUCACCUGACCAAACAUCCAAAUCCCCUCUUGACCCUUUAUGCGGACACUGAACAAGAGAUUAUGGACAUUGCAGGCAUUCCUUUACUGACAUAUGUAACAAUGAAGUACGGAAUGGGCAUGCCCAUGGGUUUCUAUGAAUGGUGGAUAGCGCAUAUGUACGUGGUUUUCUCCGAACUCUUUGGUCACAGCGGCGUGCGUGUUCUUGGUUCCCCGCCCUCAACCUUGACAUGGCUUUUGCGUUGGACAGGUACGGAACUUGUUAUCGAAGAUCACGAUUUGCAUCAUCGUAAGGGAUGGAAGAAGAGCUUCAACUACGGAAAGCAGACCCGACUAUGGGAUGUUAUUUUUGGUACUGCCCGCGAUCGAAUUGAAUGUAUACCCAAGAAUCUAGACUACAACACGGUGGUAGAGCUUCCGUUGCUCUCGAUGCCAAAUCUCCCCUCUUCAUGAUCUAUAUCAUGGUACACUUCAGGUAUUAGAGAAAAAGCGGAAAUUUUUGCUAUAUCAUAGCAUUUAGCGAAGAAUAUAAAGUUCUAUAGAUCCAUG